AUGUCAAAUUUGACACUGACAGAAAGAAUGUAAUUUUUAUGAAAAUCUAGAAAAUCGCUGUUUAUCCUCAUAAAGAAUUGAUUUAUUACAAUGAUUUUGUAAAACUCUAAAAAUGAACAGACAUCUCUUUAAUUACUUCAGAAGGUUAGCCCGUGACUGCCGAACCAAUAGAUCGUUCAGCAGUAAAUUGGAACCUAAUGAAAAUGAGCCUAUCAAGUUUACAACCAGUCAAGCUGCGAGGAAGACAACGAGACCUUUAGUUCGGAAGGUGGAUGUAGAUAUGCCGUGGUAUCAACCAUACUCGGUAAUCACUAGUGUUGCAGUAUUCCUCAUAUACUUUUGUGUUCUAAGAGAAGAGAAUGACAUAGAUCUUGAAUUCGACAAAACACUAUACGAAAGAAUACAGGGUCUAGAAAAAGAACAAUUGAUACAGUCAUACAGGUUCAACAAGGACCACGGGAAAAGUGUUGAGGACAUAGAGAAGCGACUCUUGGAAUUAGAAGAAAUAGAAAAAAAUGCUGUUGCCUAGAUAUUUAAGUGAAGUAGUCAUGUAAACAAUAUUUCAAUAGAAUGUGUAAUUGUUA